CACCAUGCAUUCACUUCAUCACAGCAAUCAUACCAUCAGCAUCACGCAUUCUCCCAUCAUCCACCGCAAGCAUUCAUGACCUCUCAUGGCUAUACCUCACCGACUCAAUCCAACACUUAUGCCAGCCCUCCACCACAGUCUGUCGUCGAUGAACACUCUAUUUCUCCCAUCAACGAGACGUUGCCAUCAGGAGCGAUCAGAGGCAACGGCAAGAUGGCCAUGAAGAGGCGGUAG